CCUAUUAUCCUAUACAUAAACAUUGACAUUAUUAUUUAAGUAUUUAUUGAGUGUAUAUUUAAGUAGAAAAUUCAAUCCCAAGAGAUGCCUCCAAUGUGUUCCCCAGUUAAAAACAAAAGCAGUGAUGAAGCAAAGCCUAUUCAAGGUCUUUACUUCAGGGCUAGAAAUGAAUCUGCUACAGAAUCCAGUGAUAGUGAUGAAUCGUAUAAGGAUGAAAUUGACAAGAUGAUGGAUGACUUUCCAGCAUUUGAUAAAUAUUUUAAUCUGGUUGGUCAGGUUGGUGGUGGCACAUUCAGCACUGUUUAUGAAGCUGCACUGAAAAGUGAUCCAUUGAGACGUCGCAGGUUUGCUGUUAAACACAUUGUGCCCACUUGUCAUCCAGACAGGACCAAAUUUGAAUUGAAAUGCCUCAAGGAAAUUGGUGGAAAAGAUAACGUUGCUGGAAUAGACUUAUGUUUGAGACAUGAAAAUAAUGUUUUAUUUGUGAUGCCUUACCAACCCCAUGACUUAUUUGUCGAUUAUGUUAGACUCAUGGAUCUUGAAGAAAUUGUUAGUUAUAUGAAAAAUUUACUAGUCGCCUUAGCCCGAGUUCACAAAUUUAAAGUAAUACACAGAGAUAUAAAGCCAAGCAAUUUCUUAUACGAUAGAAAAACAAGACGGUGUUUAUUGGUUGAUUUUGGUUUAGCACAGCAACAGGAAGAUGCUGGUGCUAAGAAAAAAUCGGAAAAGUCUUCGAAGAAACGAGAUCCACUGUCUCCAUCUAAUGGACAGGUAACUGAUGGAAAAGCGACAGAUAAAAGGCCCGAAGGGCAGCAGGUCAAUUUAGCGAAGUCUUCCUCAAAUUCAGUCACAACUAAACCGGGCGUUUCCCUCGCCAAAGAGAACUUUAUGAACUCCCGGAAGAGCAUAACAUGCAUCAACUUCGAGCAAACACCAGAUGCAAUGCGAAGAUCGAGAACAACGGAUGCGUGCAAAUGUUACGGAAAGCCCAGGCUAUGCACUGCUUGUCCGCUGGACAACCCAAUGCACGCGUCCAGGGCUGGAACUCCUGGAUUCAGACCGCCCGAAGUACUCUUGAAGUAUGCUCAUCAAACGACAGCUGUGGAUAUUUGGGCGGCAGGAACAAUUCUACUAUCCAUCCUCAGCGGCAGCGGGAAUUUCUUUUCGAGUCCAAAUGAUAUAGCCGCACUGGUUGAACUGGUAACCAUAUUCGGUUACGACAACUUGAAAAAGACGAGUCAAAUGUUUGGUCGAUACUUUCUGUGCAGCGAAAAUAGACCGCAACUGGAUCUUCGGAAAAUCUGUUGCAUAUUACGCAACAGAGGGACUAAACUAAAUAAAGUACUAUCAGGAAAGAAAUGUGCAGAUUGCGAUCAAUAUAAGCGUGUCUGUUUAUGCAUCGGCGUGCCUUUGGACGAGGAGAUCAAAGACGAGUUCCCAGAGGCCGCUUACCAUUUGCUCCAAAGGCUCCUAGACGUGAAUCCAGAAACUAGAAUAACCGCCGAACAGGCACUGAAACAUGAGUUUUUCGAAGUUUAAAAAGUAUCGUCUU